AUGGGAGAGGAAGUUGUGUGAGAGGUGGCAUGCCCACCUACCUAUGGUAAGAAUAAAUAUGACUACAGUGGAUUAACACUUAUUUAUAAGAAAACAACAUUAAUGAUGUUUUAAUACUUUGCUUUACUUGCCAUAUUCUUUGGUAAAACUGUGAUACCCUUUAAAAGAGUAUUAUUUCUUGUUUAGAAAUACCCUGAACCUGAACAUACCUUUUUGUAUAUUAUAAUAUAUAUAUAUUUUUUGUUGUUGUUGUUGUUUUCAGGUUAUGUUGAUGGUUUGAAGAAACUACUCUUCUAUUUUCCAAAAGAAAAGAGGGAGGAAAUAAUUAAGAAGUAUGCAUCAAGAACACCUGAGCCCCUCAAUCAGCAGUUUUCAGAAAGAUUGAGCAAGGAAGAAGCUAUAAAGGCAUAUAACACAAAAAAGGCAACGAAGAAAACAGCAUUAUUUCCACCUGGUUAGUUAAUAGCUUUAUCAAUCCAUUCAUUUCAACCAUCCAAAUUUAACAUGAAAUGAAUAUAAUUUAUUACAAUGAAGCGUUAUUAAGUGUGAAUUAUUUCAUUUUUGCCACCUGUCUGUGGGGGGCUGCUUAUUUAUCCACCUGUGGAUAUGUAACUCUCUACUUGAAGUUGGGAAUACCUGUAGAUGGGCUUUGAUGUUAAAUGUGAAUUUUUUAUUCCCAACUCAAGACAAGUGAGAAUGAAGCACAUUUUUAUUCAGUCUGGAUUAAACACCAUUUGUCUAUGGGCAUACAAAGUAACACACCAACACUAAUGAUGCACUCACAUACUAUAUCACCAUUGUUAUCCUAUAGAAUCAGAACAAACUUCACAACAAGCUGAUGGCAACAGUCAACCAAACAGUAGUCAAUCCACUUCUAGAUGCACCCGCAAAAGCAAAAGGCCAUCUCAUUGUCACAAGAAGAAAAGUGGCAAAUAA